AGUGUGAGAAAUGGCACUUGAUGUCUAGAUGCAUCCUUAUGUGUCGGGAUGGAGCUGAGGAUUACGUGGAGCUGCCUUGUUGGGCUUAAGAAGGUGGUAUUUUCUUAGAAAUCCCAAUUUUAAUUUAUUACCGCCUCAAACGCCGUCUCUCCGGGUCUCUGCUCCGCAGGCUGGUGUUGCAGGUGUCUUAAAACACCCUCGUCCGGGGAAAAUCGCUGCUCCGGUCUUCCUUCUCCUGCUGCACGGGGACGGUUUGCUCACUAUCUGUGUGAAAUCCCCACCGUGUCUCUGGGUGGGCACCUCCCCGGACCACCCCCCCUGGACCUUCAAACCUUCUCCAGCGAUCGCGUGGUGGCAAGGUCCGGGGCUUAUGCAAGGAGGCCAUGACCACCGAUGAAGCCACCAAGAGCGAAGGGGAGGUGCAGGCGGCGGCUCUUGCCGAGCGCGGGGAGGACAUCACGCCGGCUCAAGACCGAGGGGUCCUGAAGAUCAUUAAACGACCUGGGAGCGAAGACGAGUCCCCCAUGAUUGGGGACAAGGUUUACGUCCACUACAAAGGCAAACUGGCCAACGGUAAAAAAUUCGACUCCAGCCGCGAUCGGAACGAGCCCUUUGUCUUCAGCCUGGGCAAGGGUCAGGUAAUCAAGGCGUGGGACAUCGGGGUGGCUACCAUGAAGAAGGGAGAGAUCUGCUACUUGCUCUGCAAACCCGAGUACGCAUACGGCUCUGCUGGCAGUGCCCCCAAAAUCCCCUCCAACGCCACCCUCUUUUUCGAGGUCGAGCUGCUUGACUUCAAAGGCGAGGACUUGUUUGAGGACGGAGGGAUAAUCCGGAGGAUCAAGAGGAAGGGAGAAGGUUACUCCAACCCUAACGAAGGUGCUACGGUGGAAAUUCACCUGGAGGGAUUCUGCGGCGGCACCAGGUUCGACUGCAAAGACGUGAAGUUCGUCGUGGGCGAAGGGGAGGACCACGACAUCCCCAUCGGCAUCGACAAAGCCCUGGAGAAGAUGCAGAGGGGAGAGCACUGCAUCCUCUACCUCGGGCCACGGUACGGCUUUGGCGAGGCAGGGAAGCCGAAAUACGGCAUCCAGGCGAACGCGGAGCUGGUGUACGAGGUUACACUGAAAAGCUUUGAAAAGGCCAAGGAGUCGUGGGAGAUGGACACCAAAGAGAAGCUGGAGCAGGCUGCCAUCGUCAAGGAGAAAGGCACGAUGUACUUCAAGGAAGGCAAAUACCUGCAGGCAGUGAUUCAGUAUGGGAAGAUCGUGUCCUGGCUGGAAAUGGAGUAUGGCUUGUCUGAAAAGGAGUCGAAAGCCUCCGACUCCUUCCUCCUGGCUGCCUUCCUCAACCUGGCCAUGUGCUACCUGAAGCUGCGAGAGUACGCCAAAGCCGUCGAGUGCUGCGAUAAGGCGCUAGGACUGGACCAGGACAACGAGAAGGGCUUGUACCGGAGGGGCGAAGCCAGGUUAUUGAUGAACGAGUUCGAGCUGGCAAAAUGUGACUUUCAAAAAGUGCUGGAAGUGAAUCCACAGAAUAAAGCAGCGAAAUCCCAGAUCUCCGUCUGCCAGAAGAAAACGAAGGAACACAACGAGCGGGACCGGAGGAUCUACGCCAACAUGUUCACAAAGUUUGCGGAGAGGGAUGCAAAGGAAGCAGCUAGCAAAACGGGGGUCGAAAAAGCAGUGGAGAAAGCAGCUUGUGAAAAGGGACUGAAAACUCCCGGUGCGGAAGGUGAAGAGGCUGAAGGACACGUAUGAUGGAGGAGGAGGGGAAGGGAGAGCCUCCUGCCCUCAGCCCGUGCAGAAAAAGGUUGCUGCAAGACCUUGGGACUUGCCAGUGUUUUCUUGUAAAGCUUGUUACAGUUUGUGUGAUCGUGGAAGCAAAAAGCGCCUCGCAAAGAAAAAACGAACCCCGUCCCACCGCCCUGGGUGCGCUCGGGGGCAGAGCGGGAGCGGCGGGACGCCGUGGGACCACCGCACGUGGAACAAAUAGCUUUUAAACAGAGAGAAAGAGGGGUGGGGAAAAAAAAAAUAAUUUGAAACUCUUGGCUCUUGGGAGGUUUCCAUAGACAGCUCGUCCCGGCUCCCUUGGCUUUGUGUCGGCUGUCGGCGCAGCAUCCUGGGUCCUUCGAGAUGAGUUAGGAUGUGGGAGAUGCUCCUUGUACGCUGCAGUGCCGCCUCCGUGCCUGUAUCCGGCACCGACUGCCUGUAUCCGGCGCACGACCAUGCUGCACCGCACCGGUGCCAGCACCGGGUGCCGCGGUACCUCCGCCAGCCCUGAGCACGGAGCGGAGUGCUGCUGGCACGGGCACAGUGGGCUGCUGGAGCCCAGGGCUGGCUCACGGGGACCCAGCGCCCCGGAGCACCCGUCAGCUCGCUCACCCAUGGGUGCUCACUGGGUUGGGGGGCAGAAAUUGGUUUUCUUUCUCCUGGUGGCUUCUUGCCUGUGGCCAAAGGGGUUGCGAUGCGGAGCCAGGCGUGAGGGUGAGGACCCGCAUCACCUCCGCUGCAACCCCUCGGUGCAGGGAUGUAAUUCGCCUUUGAAGCACUGUUUUGGGGGAUGGAUUUUAUCUUUUGAAGAAGCUGAUUUCUAUUUCCUUGGAGAGCAAAAGCCUCCUGUCCAGCUCUGCUGCUCGCAGGCACUCAAUCCGCAGCCUGCACCCCAUCCCUCGGCUCCCAUCUUUAAAUGGGAGUUUUAUUGCUUAUUUGGGGUCCAUACGGGGGGAAAAAAAAAGAGCAGGUUGACAUGUUAUGGUUCAGAAAGCAAGUGACCGGGUCUGAGCUGGUUAGCACGGGUUUACAGCUCAUCAGCGAGCAGCUUUCCCAGGGCGCUUGCUGCUGUGGCGAGGGGGGACCCCGGCGUGCGCGGGGCGCAUCGUGUCCCCGCACCGAUGCUGCUGCCAUCUCGGCCAUCGUCCCCCUCCAUCUUGAAGGGACACCAUCACUACCGUGUGAGAACGGCUUUCCGGUUGUUAUUUUUCCUGUCUGUUCUUUGUAGUACCCCUUUUGGAGCUUGAAAAUAAACAACUGAAAGGAAAAUAAAAAAAAAAAAA